AUGGGCAGCGCGCGCUGGCUCGCGCUGGGCAGCCUGGUGGCCAUGGCCGGGCUCCUGGAAGGCCGGGUCGUGCGCGAGGAGGAGGCCGGCUUUGGCGAAUGUGACAAGUUCUUCUACGCCGAGACGCCCCCCGCGCUGCCGGCGGCCGAGGCCCACGUGAAGCUGUGCCAGCGCUCCGCGGGCGCCGCGCACUUCGCCACGCUGUACAGCACCCAGCACCGCACCCCCGUGUACUCGGCGUUCCGCGCCGCGCGCCCCGGGGCCGGCGGCGAGCCGGAGCGCGGGCUGGUGGAGCCGCAGAUCGAUGACCCCAGCAGCAGUCUCGAGGAGAUGAUGGAUGAAGCCGAUGCCACCACCGUGGUGAGCAAUCUGGGAAGCAAGCAAGCCCUGAAUACCGAUUACCUGGAGUCUGAUUAUCAAAAAGGACAGCUGUACCCGUUCCCUCUUAGCCAUGAUGACCACAUGGCCACGUUCACGCUCACAAACGCCGUUCCGAUGACCUCAUCCUUCAGGGAGCGCUGGUACAUGAAUCUCAACAGCCUGAUGGACCGGGCCUUAGCCCCACAGUGUGGCAACGGCGAAGACCUCUAUCUCAUCGCGGGCGCAGUGCCCUCAGACCACAGGGUGAAAGGCAAGGUGGCGGUGCCUGAGUUUGUUUGGCUGGCAGCCUGCUGUGCCAGCCCCGGAGGCUGGGCUAUGGGCUUUGUCAAGCACGCGGGGGGUGGUGAUGUCAUAGAAGAUGUGAUGGUGAAAGAUCUGGAGAAACUGCUUCCAUCGCACCCCCAGCUGUUUCAGAACAACUGUGGUGAUGCGGAGCAAGACACAGAGAAGAUGAAGAGAAUCCUGGAAAUGGUCAAUCGAGUCCAGGAUGAGGAGCGGGUGCUGCUCUCUCAAGAGAGUGCCGUCCCGCUCUCCAGCACCAAGAGCAAGAGGUCGGCUGACCUGUUGCCACCAGAGGCGCCUGAGGAAAGUAGCAGCCUGUUGAGAAAACUGAUAAGCAUUAUCGCUACCCCGUAUAUCAAGCUUUUCCAAUGGAUUUGUUACCUGGUGGUUGGAGUCCUGAAGUACCUGCUCUUUUUCCUGUGGUUCGUUACCAAGCUGGUGAUCAAUGGCAUAGAAGGUUGCCUUUACCGCUUGGGCUCAGCUGCCAUUUCAUACUUCCUAGCCAUCGGCGAGGAGUUGGUGAGCAUUCCUUGGAAAGUGCUCAAGGUCUUCGUCAGGAUCAUCAGGGCCGUUCUCCGGAUCCUGUGCUGCCUGCUGAAGGCGGUUUGCCGUGUUCUGGGCAUCCCUGUCCGAGUCCUCGUGGAUGUGGCCAUGUUCCCUGUGUAUACAAUGAGCGCCAUUCCGAUUGUGUGCAGGGACAUCGCUGUGGGUGUUGGUGGCACUGUCUCUCUGCUCUUGGACACUGCUUUCGGCACCAUGGGUGGUCUGUUUCAAGUUGCUUUGGGUAUCUGCAAACAGAUCGGCUAUAGGGUUACUUUAGAAAAUUCUGGGGAGUUAUAGAACCAAAAACCCAAAAUGAAUAGUGUUCAGCCAGAAUGAAUUUUAUUUUAUUUUCAGAGAGAAGUCUGGAAGGUUUUAUCUUUCCAAUGGGGUUUCUGUUGAGUUAAUUCUUACAUUUGGCCUUCAGUGAGGGCGUUGGCCUGUUUUUGCCAAGGAAGAAGGUACAACUUAGACUUGACCCAAAAGCAAUGUCCAGGGUAGGGCUAUGUGUGCUGCGUACCUCCAGUGCUACGUGUGAACUUCCAAGCCAUUGGUAGCUUCAGCUAUUCACUCUGAUAUAGAAGAGCCCUGAGAUGUUCUGGGUUAUCCCCAUAAGAAUCGCAGAGGGAAAAGGAUAGUCAGAAACAAGAGAACCUUCAACCGGAGGGUCUUUGAGAAAAGAGGAAAUGAGUCUUGUUCUUACGAUUCCCUGAAACUCGAGCCAAAGGCAAGUCAACGUCCUUGGCCCGCUCUUUAGCCAUUGCUGCUUUUUAGCUCAUCAACCCACCUAAACUUGGUGAAGCACACACUGUGUCUGUCUACUGAAAUCACUUUCUAGGCUGGGAUUAGAAAAUCAACUAUAGGCAUCUAAUUUAUUGACAACUUGAACAUUUGUAGCCAUCCUUUCAAGUAUUGUGAAUCCGCUCACACUUUGAAAUGAUUGAACUACCGCCUCCCCACAACAAAGUCCCCCCCCCCCCUUCACGUCCUGCAUGUGCAGGUUUGAAAUCACUGGAAAGUCUUCACCCCACCCUCCACCCUCCACCCCUACGUUUUUUUGCCUUAAAGUUACGCUAAAUCAGAACCACCUGCAACUGUUCUCACCUAACUACACAUUCGACUUCUAGACACAUGCUUAGGAACAGGUUGAAUUUGCAACCUGGGGACUGCCCGUGUCCCUUAGAUCCCCACAGUUACCAGGUUCAACUGGGCUCCCCUUGUCUUUGAAAUCCCGAUCAGCACUUCUACCGCUCUGUGCUUGGCCGGAGGAGGUCUGCCACAAUGAGAAGGCCCGAGCAAAUGUGCCUCGCCCCUUGCACAGUGUCAUGCGGGUUCCUCGGGUGGCCGCCUGAGAUCAGCUAGUCUUGGAUCAGAUUGGUUGUGUGCAUUAAAGCUCCAGUUGAGAAGGUUGAAAUCAAUGAUCUACACGCUGGGCUAAUAUGAAUAUUCAUAUUCUAUGACAUACGAGAUAAACUUCUGAAUACUUCAAGCAAAUACCUAAUAUAACAAAGCACCCAAAACAUUUAUCCUUACGUGAUUGCUUUGAGAAAAAGAUGUAGAAAAGAGCCAUACACAUAAACCAUGGCUCCAGUCAUUCUGAAAAACAAAACAGAAAACAAAAACAACUCAACAAAACUGUAUAUAAAAUUCUUGAUUAAGAAUGAUUACCUCUUGGAAAAUAAUUUUUAUAGUGUAUUUGAGGCUGGAAGUUGUCUCUCUCACCUAUUUAGGCAAGUUCGAUUUGAGAGUGAAUCCCCAAUUUUUAGAGUAAUUCAGUCUUGCACUGAAAACGUAACAGGAGAAACCAGAAUCUCCCAAACAUGCCCUGCCUUCCAUGCAGCUGGCCGGGCGUCGCCUCGUUGUUUCUAAGUGCUCUAAGGUCGGCUGUGAGCUAGACAAGAGCUGAGUAGAAACACAACCUUGAGGGUGCAGGCGACGAAGAAGCAGCAGAGCGAUACAGGCGAAUCUCCGUUGAGAAAGGCAACGUGGUGUCGACCGUGGGCAUCGGGUGGUCGCUGAGAACCAGAGGUGUCCCGAGAAUUCAGGCUGCAGAAGGCCGGUAGAUUUGACCCGAAGAAGAGCUGCAGCCAAUGAGCUGCCCUUCUGAUGGCUGCGUGUUGCAGGGUUGGGGAGGAUGAACGCUGGCCCCAUCCACGAUGGGGAAUUGGUACUAGAUUUAGUUCAUACUCUUAAGCAGUAUUUUAUAAACACGCUGAUUAGCGAGCAUAGAGAUCUGUAGGUGGCCUUCCUUCCGUUCUGCAGAAGGUGGGGGAUAAUCGGCCAAGAAUCCUGCUGGAUGAAAGAGAGGAACCAGUAGAAGUGGCCACGGAGACGCUGUGACAGCCUUCCUCUGGGAGGGAAUCCGAGGCACCAGGCAGCAAGGUCUGUGCUCAAUUCCAUGACGAGUGAUGGCCGCUCAAGAGCUAAAGCCUUGUACACGUGUCCCGUGUUCACAUGUACACCUGGGCUGUGAGGUACUUGGUGAGGGUGCCGCCUGUGUCCUCGAACCACAGCAAAAUUCUUGCUGUCGUCAAAAAGACCCCGGCGCUGACUCGUCAGGGAACUGGGUGUGUGUGGUGGAGAUGAUGAGCUCUUGUUUUACCACGUCUCCUCGGGACUCUCUUGUCCCUCAUAGCACCCAUCUGCUUUCUGAAAGGCCCCUGGGAGGCCGCCUCAGCUGCCGCCGCCCCCAGACACCCUGCGAGGGGCACAACACACCCGGCCUCUGCAGGGCCACAUGGAGAUGUCCAUCUUUCACGUAAGGCUUUUUCACCUCUGCUUGUUGAUUUUUGUGCGACAUUUGGGAAUCUGAGGAGGGAGAGGGGCGCGAUGUCUGAGACCCUCGUGGGGACUGCUGGUGCUGACUGCGCCUGUGUCCCCUGGAGCAGGCUGUCAGGGGCCGGGAACCCGGCAGGUGGCUGCACUGCUGAUCUGUCUCCAAAAAGCUGCUGUGCGGUAGGAGUUGGGGUGUAUGACCCCCUCUCUCUGGUUGACAGUCUGCCGUGGCUCUGAUUUGGCAGCCACCUUUCAGGAUUAGGGAGCUGAUGCUCUUGUCUGGGGUCAAGCAGCCACACCUUGGGACCCGACUCUUUUCAGUUGUGCCUUUUGAGUGCUGGUUUCUGGUUCAGCAUCAGCAUUUCCUGCUAACUGCAGGCGAGGGCUUUGGGAGAAGGAACCAACGCAAGGGGCUCUUCAUUUGCUCGGGGGUCUGUCAGUCAAGCACUGCGCUGCCGGCCAGGGUUGCAGAGAUGAACAGUGCACAGACCCCCCGCUUUGAGGAGCUCACAGUCUCAUGGGGGGUCGGGGGGUGCACCAGUGCAGUAGAUGCUGGGCAUGUGUCCUGGUGGAGGCUCCAGUCAGGGUCCUGGAAGUGUGCUCUGGAGGAAAAGCAAUGAAGCCAUGGAAGUCAGGGGAGGCUUUGUGGGGGAUGGGACAGAAGUCCAUGGGGCACUUUGAAGCUAUGUACCCUGAUGUGCACCUUGCAGAUGCUCAAUAAAGUCAUAAUUAUUGA